CAUUACACACAAAAUGCAGGAACUCGUUUCAGUGCAAAACAAAUAUGAUGAGAAAGAACGCUUUGUCAUUCUCUUGCUUAUCACGGUUCACCUCAAAAAUAGCCACAAGCAUAGCCCUUGGAGUAGUUUCCCGCGGGUAUGACGACUCAAAAUCUCCACUAUGACAAUGAUCCGGAAGCUAGCAAAGCCUUUUGGUUUGGAGCUGUUGGCUCAGUUGCAACAAGGAGGAUCUUCACCCACCCCUCAAACCCUCAACAAAAUCAUAUCCUCUUGCGCAACAUCGACUUCUUUGGACUUGGGUAUUAGGCUUCACGCAGUUGUUAUCAAGUUGGGUUUUUGUUCUAAUGUCUAUAUAUGCAGUGCUCUCGUUGAUAUGUAUGGAAAAUGUGGCUCGUUGGCGAAUGCCCAGAAACAGUUUGAUGAAAUGUCUGACAGAAAUGUAGUAACUUGGAAUUCUUUGAUUUCUGGUUAUUUGCAAGCUGAGUUGCCAAAAAGGGCAGUUGGGUUGUUCCUGGAGAUGUUAAAAGUGGGGGUAGUGCCAACGCCGUUCAGUCUGUCGGGGGCCUUGGUGGGUUGCUCACAAUUAGAAGCAGAAGAGCUUGGUGCUCAGGUUCAUGGUUUGAGCCUGAAAACAGGGCUUUGCUAUAAUGUUGUUGUGGGAACAGGAUUGAUAGAUAUGUAUUCAAAGUGUUGUAGUGUUAAUGAUUCAAUGCGGGUGUUUAAUCAAAUGCCAGAAAGGAAUGUUAUAACUUGGACUUCCAUGGUUACUGGCUAUGCACAGAAUGGACAAUCUGAUGAGGCGAUGAUUUUAGCAAGGGAAAUGCUGCGGUUGGGUUUGAAACCAAAUUAUGUAACUUAUAAUAGUUUGUUGAGCUCAUUUUCUAGCCCAGACUUUUGGGUUCAUUGCAGGCAAAUUCAUUGCCGGAUAAUGAAAGAAGGUUUUGAGUUUAACGUGUAUAUAGUUGUUACCCUUCUGACCAUAUAUUCAGAUUGUAGCAAUAGCUUGGAGGACUUUCAAAAGCUUUGCUCAUGUGUUGCAAUAUGGGAUCAAAUCUCAUGGAAUGCAGUAAUCGCUGGUUUUUCUAAUAUUGGAAGUUGUGAGGAAGCUUUGAAAUGUUUCUCUGACAUGAGGCAGGCCUGCGUUGCUAUGAACUUCUUCACAUUUGCUAGCAUUUUAAGAGCAGUAGGAACUCUUUCAGACCUUGAAGCGGGAAAGAAAAUCCAUGCUCUCGUUUUCAAGAGUGGGCAAGCUUCAAAUUUUUGUGUUCAGAAUGGGCUUGUUUCCAUGUAUGCCAGAUGCGGUGCCAUCCAUGAUUCAAAGUGGGUGUUUACUUUGAUGAACGAACAUGAUGUGGUCUCUUGGAAUUCGUUAUUAGCAGGUUAUGCUCAACAUGGAUUUGGAUUGGAGACUGUUGAAUUGUUUGAACAAAUGAGAAGAGCAGGGGUCAAACCAGAUAAUACCACCUUCCUCAUUGUACUAACUGCUUGUAGCCAUGUUGGUUUAGUGCACGAAGGACUUAUGUAUUUCGAUUUGAUGAGAAAUGAUGAUUUGCUUGAACCCCCCAGAAUGGAGCAUUAUGCUACGGUUGUUGAUCUUUUCGGUCGAGCUGGAAAUCUUCAUGAAGCAGAAGCCUUCGUCGAUAGCAUGCCAAUAGAGCCAGGACCCUCCGUAUACAAAGCUCUACUUAGUGCUUGCAAAGUUCAUGGAAAUAAGGAAAUCGCUCUUCUUUCAGCAAAAAAGCUUCAAGAGCUGUGCCCAAAUGACCCUGCAACUUACAUACUACUAUCGAAUGUGUUGGUGACAGGAGGCUGCUGGGAUGAUGCAGCAGGAGUGAGGAAGCUCAUGUAUGAUAGAGGAAUUAGAAAAACUCCUGGUCAUAGUUGGAUUUGAGUCAACAAAGAGGACAAUGGCAAAAACAGUCAACAAAAAGGAUAUGUUUAUGUUUUCAGCUUUUGACAGAAGGAAAUCCAAUUUUCAAUUUCUUUCUUUCAUUUUCAAUUUCUAAAGAGCCUCAAAAAAGAAAAUCCAAUUAUGAUGGAAUCAAUUACAUGUUUCUCUUGCAAUACCAAUACUGUCCCAAGACACAAGGCUAAGGAAGAGGAAGAUGGUUGCUCCUGGCCUAGUCAAUCACUAUUUCAGGAUAUAAUCAUUACUGAGUUGCAAGCAGCAAGCUAAACUUAGUACCUUCUCUUGCCACGUGUAAAAAUGGAGCCCACUAACAAAUUAACCAAUUGACCUGUGAACCCUGUUCGUUGUCUUGGCAAGAACCCCGGAAGAAAAUGCAAGAACCCCAUACAAAUAUCAGAGUUGUCUCAACAACAGAGGCAGCCUAAUGAGACCCUCAAUUGUGAAUUGCAGAUCAAUGGCUCAACUUGAACGUGUGCAAAGACAUGGCGACUCUGAAACUACUACCACCCAUGAGCCAAAAAAACUUACUACCAGUACAAGCCCAACUAUGGAACAUUAUCUUCGAGGUAUCCGAUGCCAUCUUACUGUAACUUCUUCUCCACCAGUGAACAUGGUACAGAUAUCUGGAUUGUAGCAGGGUCGCACCAA